UGUGGUGUCGUGGUGUAUUAAAAUAAUCCCCAUCCAAUUUUGUCUAUUUUACAUGGGAGUAUUACUUUUUGUUGUGAUUGAUAGAUUUUCCAACUUUUCAAGUUUAUCGUUUUCAUGAACUUAAUUUAAUUUAUAUUUAUAAUGGAGCAGGACGUGGACACAACUUACAGGACGCUGUGUUGUACAUGUUUAAGUACCGAUCGAAAUGUAAUCUCUAUUAAUGGAAUAACCAACAUUUAUCAAGUUUUUAGACUUAUUAUGUACGAUUAUACGGGCGAUCGGUAUGGUGACUCUAUAAUAGAAUUGGAUCAGUUGAUCUGCUGGGAGUGCUUGGCCAUCAUGAAGAAAUUCAGCAAGUUUAAACGGCAAGUGCAUAAUGCGCAGGAACAUCUGAGGGUGUUAGCCAUGAGUCAGUCUCAAGAGACAAUGGAUCACACAUACAUAUCGCAAUCGCUAUCCUCACUUGAAUGCACAACAAAAACGAACUAUGACAAAGUCGUAGUGGAUUGCACCAAUGACAUCAAGACUACAGAAUGGCCCCAGCAUUAUAUAACAAUAAGCACAACACAGAAUGUGAAGAACGAGAGCUAUGACGUUGGUCAAGCCCUGAGAGAUCAUAUUAGCUUGGGGAUCGAGGACCAUGUGAUGGGAGUGCCAGAAAUAGUGUUAGAGAAUCCAGUGUCCGGAGUCAUGUCUCACAUAGUGUUGGAUCCUAAUGCUUUAGUGACCUCGGAACCUUACACAGUGCAGCAGGUCAAAGGGGAAAUGCCAGAGUUAACAAUCGACUCAACGGCGGUCGGUGAAACGGUUAUAAUAGCUCAGAAGUCCAAAGCUGAAGCCUUCAGACAAAAGCAUAGUAAAACGGAUAUGAAGUCUGGGUACACCACGGAGUAUAUGACCGAAACAGACAUGCUGGCUGUGAGAGAAGAAGAAAAGAAAAAGGUACACUACGUGAGUCUCGUGUAUAAGUGUGAGCUGUGCAUCAUAGGCUUCUAUACUCAACAGCAAGUCGAGGAUCACUUCCUCGCGAUGCAUCGUGAGAAACCGGGCUACCUACCAUGCAGGAUAUGCUACGUGUACACCGCGGAGGAUAAACUUAGCGAGCACACAGACACUCACUAUAUCAGACACGUGUGUAAAAUGUGUAACAAAGUUGAGUACAGUGUUAAACUGAUCAACCAACACGUGCGGGCGCAUUUGAGCAAACCCAAACCGAGCGCUCUCAUACAAAUCGGGGAUCGACCCGAGAGUGAAAAGAUGCGUAAGAAAAAAAUCGGCAAAAUUAAGGAGGAGACGAAAGCACCACCGAAACCGGGCGAUCUUCGGAAGUUACUCUCAAAAACUACUAUAGUAGGUUACAAAUGUUUAGAAUGUGACAUGUUUUUCAAAACGUCCCGCGCGCGUAAGAACCACGUGGCCCGUGUGCAUCGAGAAGGUUUGCAAUGCGAUCAUUGCAAGAAGAGAUUCGUUAAUAGAACCACUUUAGCUACCCAUCUUAGGCUACACGAAGGCCCCCUACCAAGAGAAGAGUGCCCAAUAUGCCACAAAAUGGUCCGGACUAUACAGAUAAAGUACCACAUACAGCGCCACGAGAAUACGAGUCGCUAUGAGUGUAAAGAGUGCGACAAGGUGUUCUCUCACCUCGCGACCUAUCAAGCACAUCUCAAGUAUUCGCGCCCUCACGCCUCCGAUCAGGUAUUCAAGUUCCCCUGCCCAAUGUGCAAUAAGGGCUACCCUACCAAAGAGGCCAUGCAGGACCAUUUUAACUACCAGCACUUGGGUAAGACGACACACAAGUGCCCCGUAUGUAGCAAGCCAAUCGCGUCGCGUGCCAACGUGGAGAAACACAUGAUGAGGGUGCACGGAGAGAAAAAGGCUAAACCGAGGAACCACGUGUGCCAGCAGUGCGGGAAGGCUUUCACGGAUAAGAAAGCUCUGACACAGCACUGCGUGAUACAUUCUGGCGAGCGGCCAUUGUGCUGUGACAUCUGUCAGCAGACCUUCAAGCAGAAAGCGUCUUUGUACACGCACCGCAAGCGCGUGCACAAAGUGUUCCCCGCCAAACGGAGCGUUGAGUUCAUGGAGACCAAGGCCGACGUGUAGCCGCGGCGCUGAAGUCCCGUGAUCGCGCGACUUUUAAUGAGUCGCUCGAUCGCGCGGCUACCUUAUUAAAGUUGCCUUAUCACAUCUUUGAAUUAAUGGAGACUAAAGCCGACAGUAGUCGCCGCUGGUUGAAGUCGCUUGAUCGCGCGACUGAUUUCAAUAAGUCGCUUGAUCGCGCGGCUGUCUUAUCAAGGUUGCCUUAUCAAAUCUUCGAGUUUAUGGAUACCAGGGCCGAACUGUAGUCGCUUGAUCGCGCGACCGAUUUUAAUAAGUCGCUCGAUAUAUCUUAAAAAAGCUUCCUUAUCUUAUUGUAGACUUCAUGCAGACAAAGGCCGAUUUUUAGAGUCUGCUAAUUGUAGUCGCUUGAUCGCGCGACUAGAUUACAAUGUUGUAGCGAUACUAAUAUAAAAAAAUAUACAAAAAAAACUGUUGAACACGAAGCAAAUUUUUAAAAGUCGCGUUAUCGUAUGAUUUAAUAAUUGCUACAUCACACAUAUACUGUUUUAAGCAAAAUGUCUCAUGAAUCGUACCAAUAAAUAAUUUACGAAUCGCGCGACAUUUCAAAUUGCGCUAUUACGACAGUCUAGAAAGUAUCAAUAAGUCAACAAUUUUACAAGCGAGCUGUUUUUUUGUUUCUUUUUUUUUUAUAUUAAAAAAAAAAAAAAAAAAA